AUGCUUGCCAAUACACCGCAGGUCAUUCUCUCCAUGCUGUACUUCUCCUACAACGCACUGUUCACGUCCUUCCUCCUCUCACACGAAUGGAUCUCGUACGCGCACAAGAAGAAGGGUCUGCGCGUCUCUGCCGACCCAGUCGGCGCACAGCGAACCGAUUACUUCCUCCAACUUCCGUACCGGUUUGGCGUGCCGCUCAUGGCGCUGAGCGGUCUGCUGCACUGGCUCGUCUCGCAGUCUAUUUUCCUCGUGUCCAUCGACUUCUACGAUGUCUUCGGGUCGCCCACGAUUAGUUACGAGAACGAGAUAGGGCCGGUGGGUAGCGGGCUCGAGACGCAGGGGGACAGCAUGAAGACGUGUGGAUACUCGCCCAUUGCAAUCAUUACGGUCGUUAUUGUUGGGUCGUUCAUGGUCAUGGGUAUUGUGGCGUUUGGAUACGUCCCGUAUAAGCAGGGCAUGACACUUGCGGGGAAUUGCAGUAUGGCGAUUAGUGCGGCGUGUCAUUUGGACCGGAGGGUGGAUAAGAGCGGGGUGGAGGCGGCUCAGGAGAAGGUGCAGUGGGGUGUUGUCAGUGUGGGUGAGGAUGGGGUCGGGCAUUGCGGGUUUACGACGGGGAGCGUGACGGCGCCUGUGGAUGGAGAGUUGUAUGCUGGUACUAACGGAUAG